AUGAAUUCAAGAUAUUUUGUGCUGUUCAUCUUGAACUCACUCUUUCUAAUGUCUGUUAGACUCAGCGCCCGACCGAGCCCGACCGAGGCCCGGUGCCCGAUCUCACUUGAAGAAUUCAGACAGACAAUUCACUCAGACAAGAAUCAUAUCUACAAAGAGUUAGCAGCAAUCUUUGACAGCAUCUUUGAUGAUGAAAAAAUAUUGAGAGAUACAAUCACACAUUUGAGAAUGAAACAGAACAAUGUCAUUGAUCAGACUGCUGUCAAGCAAAGUCAAAUUGAUGAGCUAAUUGCUGAAUGUGAUGAACUUAGUCACACUUUGAUUCACAUGACAGUCAGCAAUCAAACAGCAAGUCAAGAGAUCAUUCUCUCUGAGACUACCCAGAGAUCUGUCAAGAUUGAUGACUCAAAACACCUCACUGACUGCAAGAAAAUUGCAUACAUUGAAAAUCAGACUGAUGAGGACACAGUAGAUCACAUUGCAUCUCAUAUGAAAGAGAACCACUCUGAGCAAUAUCAGACUGCAGAAGAGAUAUUUGAGCACCUCAAGUCAAUAUAUGAGAAUGCUAACAAGCUGCAAAAUGUCAAGAGUGAUUAUUGCAAGCUGAUUAUGCACAAUGAGAACAAUUAUCAUGAAUUUGUCACAAAAUUCUUACAUCUGGCAGAUGAGGUCAAGAUUGUCAAAGAGAACUACAAGACAGACUUCAAUGACAAGCUGUUCUUUGAUCUUCAGAGAAUGAUGAUAAUACUCACAUUCUUCAGACAAUCAAUGUCACUUAGAAGUCAAAGAGCUUGUGAGGAAAUGAGUCUAAUAUCUUCAAGCAAAACACUUUAUAUUCAGUGCUACUACUGCAAGAAGAAAGAUCACAUUGCCAGAAACUGCUCUGCAAAGCAGAAGUCUCAACAGAUGAUCACUAAGCUCACAGAGAAUGACACUUCUGAGUCUUCAGCAGAUUCAGAAAAAGAACUGCACAUUGACUCUAAACCUCUGAGUGAAUGGCUGGAGAUUCCAGAAUGUUCCUCUGCUGGUGAUGAACCUAGAUGUAAAAUGAAGAGAGAUCAAACUGAACAAGAAGAUCAGACAGAAGCAUCAGACUCAGCUCUGCAGAUUGAAAGAGAUCAGCUCAGUUAUGACAUCUAA